AUGUGCCGCUCAGGGAGCUUAGCAAGAAAUUUGACAAAAUUUAAAACCCUAAAAAUACCUCAAAUAAUAACUCUGCUGUGUGAUGCAGUGAUGGGAUUUUUGAGUGGUGUGCUUGGUGCGGUGAAAAACGAAAAUGAAGUGACAACUUAUGAUAAACAUCUUGAAAAGAAGCUUAAUGAAGUACUAGAUGAGGUAAAUACUAAAAUUGGCUCCGGGCGUAAUGGGCUUGCGGAGGCUGUCGGCGCGGUGAAGGGGUGGUUGGAGGGGUAUGAAUUAGAAUACCGCAAAAAAGCAAGCAACGUAACAGAGUUUCUAGGUGAGUUGAAAAACAACAUAGCAGGUAAAUACACUAAAAAUGUUGCAGGUUCUGCGGGUGAGAAGCUGGAGACCCAGUUGACCAAGUGGACGGAGACGCUACAGUCCAUCGAGCUGGACGUUAAUAACACUGAAAACCAAUAUGUUAAUAUGUUAGAUAGUACAUUGAAACGUGAUGUGAUGCGUGAAAUUAAGGCUAUCAAAACGGCGGUUAUGAUGUUGAAGGAGAGUUCUCUAAACGAAAUUUUCAAUGGUCAAGUGAGAACUGUGGAUGACACGUUGGUGAAUCAAAGAGAUAAUGUACUUACCCAUAUUGAUAAUGAAUCAGCAACCGUCCAUGCAAAAAUGACUACUGAAUUUAACGAAAUUUUGGAUAAGGUUGAACUAUUGUAUAAGACUAAGAAGGAACACAUUGCACAGAUUAGAAAUGCAGUGCAGACAACCACGGAGUUGGUAAGCACAUAUGAUGUGAAAUAUCGCGAUGAAAUAGUCAAGAAGUUUGAAGAUAUAAGAACACAGGUUAGCGAAGUUCACCAAUCAUUAUCCGAUAAGAAAGCGGAGCUAAACAUUUUGGUGAGCAGCGCACAGGAGACACUGGCAGCGCUUUCGGGAAGUUUUGUGCAGUCAGUGAAGGAUGGUUUAAAGAAAAAUCUGGAGGAUCUGAAGCAAGGCAUAAGUGAUCUUGAGAGCCAAGUUACUGAUGAUGCAAAUAGUAGUUUGGUUAAAAAUGCCUUGACGGCGCUUCGUCAAGCAAAGGAUAGGCUUAAUAGCCAAACUACUGGCCCUAGUGGCACGAUUGCCACGGCAGAGAGUAAACUCGGGACUAUGUUUACUGAAAACAUCAAAACUCCUCUGACCAAACUGACUGGUGAAGUUAAAGCGGCGAUUGGUAAGCUUUACGACGAAUUUGCUACAGCAAAAGGAGAAGAUGAAAAAACAAUUAGUAAGAUUCUUGACAACAUCAAAUUGGAUAUUCUCAAAAUAAAAAGUUCAAACAUAGGCUUAGAAGGAAUUAUUAAGGCGGUGGGAGAAUAUGCUAAAGGUGUCGGUGACAGGUUAAUGCUGAAGGGAGGAAUGAUUGAUAUCUGGGUAAAUGGUAUCUAUGAAAAAAAUGGCCAUGUGCAGGGAUAUAUCGGUGGAUAUGUUAAUCAUCACAGCGUGAAAUUGACGGUCGGUGAUACGACGGAUAAAAUGAACGCAGUCAAUGGUGCUAUCAAGAAUCAAAUCAAUGAACUUCUCAGAAACGUAAAGGGUAAGAAACCGGAUGGUCAGCAAAAAACCAUAAACGCAAAUUUAAAUGAGAUUAAGGAUUACCUAAAGAAUGUUGCAGCAGAGAUGGAUCUAAGCAAGGCUGAAGCACUCAGAGAUAGCGUUGAAAAGGAGUUACGUACUACUACAUCAGAAUCUGAACCUAAACAACAUCUCAAACUUGCCAUCGAUAUAUUCUUCGUUGAACUGGCUGCAAUAAUCAGACAAGUUGCCGAAGAAAUCGAGUCUAUAAUGCAAAAAUCUAAAAUACAAACAAAUUUAGACGCUGCAAUUUCUACGGUUAAAAUGCUUGACACUAAGCUUGGCCGAGCGGUUGGAAAAGCCUUCACCAAAGGACUUGCCGACUCAGUUGAUGAGGCCAUUAAUCGUGUGAAAUAUGAAGUUGAUAGUAUCCUCGAAAAUACAUUCAAAUAUAAGGUGACGAAUAAGCUUUCAAAUGCCAUAUCAUCGCUUCCUGAUGCCAUUGAAGGCUUCAACCGUGAUGCCGUCUCACAGAUUACAGAGGCCACCAGAACAGCUAUAAAUACCGCUGUAAAAAAUGUUCAAGACGCUCAUGACGAAGUUGACAAUGAUAGGUUUAGUCAUACGCAGCUUGGCCAGAAUGUGUCGGCACUAAGUUCAAGUAUAACAAAACUGGAGGGAUUUAUAAAGAGUGGCAAUGACGGUCAAAUCGACCAGAAGCUGAACAACAUUCACACCGAGCUUGGAAGGCUAUACGACGUAACAAGGAAUGAUGCAGUUGGUAAAAUACAAACGACAAAAGAUGAGAGUGAGCGACUCAUGGAUGAGCUUAGAGAAAGUAACCAAAAUAAUCUACGUUACAUUAACCGGAUGAUUUUUGAAGCCGAUGAUGCAUUAGAUAAGAUCAUCAAUGCUGUAUUUACAGCAGUAGAGACGUGCAGAGAGACCUUCCAGAAAUCCAUCUAUAACCUCAAACAAAAUCUCAUCGCUGCCGUUGAAAAGGCCUUCGAAGCCGUAACCAUCGAGAUUCGAAAACUUUUCGCUCGUCAGGAAACCGCCCACCUCUCCGCCCUCAAGACCCUCCUCUCCACUCAGCUCAAGAUCAUCUCCUGCACCGUCAACAAGGACCUCAACACCGGCCUGAAAGGCUUCCUCAAGACGCUGAGCGGGGAUUCUGUCGACGAUUACGCGGCUGGUUAUAAGGAGCGUCCGAAGCAUCUCCCUCCUAAAACACAGAAGUCCAAUCUGCUCGACCCAGUGAAGGACGCUAUUGAAAGAAAUGAACAUGGAGACAAAGUGAGAGCACUAACCGACAAUUUCAAAACCUAUUCAGAUCACAUCUUCGAUUACCUCAAUAAGGACCUCAAACAGGUUUUCGCCUCCCACCCUAAGGUCAUCGGUGACUAUCCCAACCGUAUCUCCACCAUCCGCACGAACCUCACCGAUCUCCUCACCCACAUCAGCACUGAGAAACACAUCGACCACCAGGUGCCCGGGAUGCUAGAAACGCUCAAGACCAACGUUUCCACCUUCAAUUCCUCGCACUUCGGCAACGCAUCCUACCCCGUGCUCGACGCCUUUCCCCGAAGCCUGGAGCAGUUCGUCGGCGAGCUGGAGAGGAUGUAUGUGAACGGGUAUGAGGGGAAACAAAUUAAUUGGGUGAAGCAGGUUGGUAAAGAUAGAAAAGAAGAGCUAACUGGAGAUGCAUUGAAGUGCGGUAAAGUGUUUUUUAGCUGCUUGCCUAUUUGGAUGCAGGAUCUCGGCGAGUUGAGGGUAAAGUGUAAGAGCGGAGAGGAAUGGAAUGGGAGACAAAUUAAUGUAUCUGUUGUAGAUAAGACGUACAAAAAAACAAAUGCUCUUGGCAAGUUCUUCGAGAGGUGUGGUUACAACGUGUCCCAGGAAUCGGAUUCACACGAGGGGCACUUAAGGAACAAGUCUGACUGCACCGGUCAACAGAUUUACGGUAGACUGGUCGGUAAAUUCCAAUGGGUGUUCGACAGUAGUGACGACACCAAACAUGCGCUUGAAUUGGCGUACGAAUAUCUCGAGACGUACAACGACGUGUGGCACAUUGCCACUUGGGACUCAACCAGAUACCCCUGCAGCAUUUUCGAAAUGCUAUGUUGGCUUUCAGGCCUAACGCAUAAUCGCGUACGUUCGUCGCUGAUGGGCAGUACUAUGACUGGAAUAUUGGUCGAUCCUGAAGAAGAGAAGCAAGAGAAGGAAAAAAGAGACAAGGAAACGGAAGAGAGCCAAAAGAGAUUGACAUUAGCGAACACGCGAUCAGAAUCUGACGAAAUCGAAUUAAGCGUUGAAACAGUAUCGGAAGUUGGUCCAGAGGUUUCCAUCGUUAGCCCAUCAUCCAUUUCGCUGCCAGCAUACCCAAGUAGAAUAACAUUAAGCAAAGUCAACGCAAUAGUAACGCACAUAUCUGCAACUUCAUACGACGUGUUAACCGAAAUCCUCGGCACUGGUAACGCACAAACCAUGUACGCCUGCGAGUUCUCUAAUAAUACACUGAGGUUGAAGUAUCCCACAUCCGGCGACGAGUGCCUUGAUAUACUCCUUGACAUACUCCGUAGAGUGUUCGCCGUAUUUAGAUUCUUGUGUAGGCAAUGUAAACGUAGCGACGAAUAUUACGGCUGGCGUGAGUGUCAGUAUGGCAUGGCCAUCCCAACGACCAAAUCGCACUGUAACAAGAAAGCAACGGACGAAACUAUGUGCCAACCAACGUGCCAAGCUAAGUGUAAACCUACGUGCCAACCAAAUUGCCAAGUAAACUGCCAACCUACUUCUGCUUUAAUGAGCUAUUUGAAUGACUGUUUGCCAGGUCAUCUUCCUCACCAACUCAUUUCUGUCGGUUGUAAAGCCGAAUGUAAAACGUGCUCACCAAGUAGCCGCGCUAUGCCUUGCCUCACUCCAUUAGGCUUUAGAGCGUUUUCCGGAUCUACCAAAACUGGUAAAGAUUUAUGUGAAAUUAUCGACAAGUUCCUUAACUUUGAUGACAUUGCGUGUCUUUUCGCCCUUGUACCCAGGCCACCGUCUACUCUGCCCGAACACUUCCAAUUUGCCUUAUCAUUUGUUGACGGUUGGUAUGCUAAUGGGAAACAUUUGCUGCGCUCAUGGGUAGAAUCCUCUAUGAAUAAGCAAUCCGUCAAUCUAUACAGUAGUCGUGACCUCAUCGAAUGUCUUCGCAAAACCUAUGGUUAUAGUCAUGAAAGUCAUACGAGUCAGCAUGAUGAUUCCAAAAAUUCAAUUUUGCCAAGCUUGUCCAUGAAUACAAUAUGCUCACGUAACAAAGUUUACUGCGCCCCUUAUUUAGCUUCACUAUGCCCCGAAUCGUAUACGUAUUUUGUAAAGAAGCAUGUUGACACAUACGUCACAUGGGUCGUAUACCUCCCAUGGGUAUUCCAUCAAUAUCUAGAAAGUCUACGUGACGCUUUCCAAAACAUAUUCUGUCAAGAUUGGGGAUGCCACAGAUGUCUCCGCGCAGACAAAUGCAAACGUGGUAAGCAUGGUCACGCUGACAAGAAGGAUGACGAACGUACUGAACAGUAUUGCCAAUGCAUAUCUAUCGUAAGGUGUAGAGGAACGUCGCCAACAUUUUACAAAUAUGGCUUCACCUAUGGCUCUGCCAAAAAACUGGAACUGAAUAGCAACUAUUGUUCCGCUUUUUUCAGUCAACUCGAAAACGUCAUCAAAUCUGAUUACUUCACAAAACUGUUCGAUGAGUGCGACAACUUCUUAUGGAAGAUCCGUGAACCCUUCUCCUACCUUGUCCUAGCCCUCUGGCUCCUCUCUCUCCUGUACCUCCUCCACAUCAUGGUCAUCCGCCUCGACCUGCUCCACAUCAAAUCGCAUUUGCAUAGUCCCUCAUCACAUCGCAUCGCUGCUCAAUCACUCCUUGCUGCUGGACGCGUUAACAAACUUAACAGAGUGUUUUAUCUGCAACCGUAA